ACCUUAUUCUACUUGAUGUUAUUACAAAGUACAGCGCUAUCGACAUGUUCGCUCUAACAGAUCUAAGGGGCGUUUUCCUUUACGUAGUUUCCAUAAUUGCUUUCACUUUUUCCUCAUCUUCUUUUUACUCUCAUCACGGUUCGACCCUGAUUAACUCCACCUUUAAGUGGCUAGUAGCUGAAAAUCUCGGCGACUGCAACCUGAAAUGCUUUGACGAAGAAGGCUGUAUGAGCAUCAAUUACGAUCGAGAGAACAAGAAAUGCGAGCUGAACAACGCAACCAAAGAAACCCAUUCCACUCGACUAGUGCGCCAUGCAAGGUCUAUCUACGCCACAAUCAAAUCACCGCCAGUGUUUCCUGAAUGCAAGAACUACAAGCUCUUGUCGGACGCUAGCCGACACAAAAGCUUUUAUGAAGAUCAGCAAUUUUGCGACUGGAACCUGGUACCCGGAUGGUACAGGUUCGGCGGCGAAGCAGGCACGAUGAUGAUGAAUGAAUGCUUGCAAACAUACGAUCGCUGUGGCGGUGGUUAUCUCGGCUGGAUGGACGGAACACUGCCUUUGUACGCUCACGGAAUUGUGAAGCGCAUUGCAUGCUUUUACCACGCGGGCAAUUGUUGCCAUUGGAUGGUGAAUAUUCGCGUUAGAAAUUGUGGCUUUUUCUACGUGUACGAGCUAAAGAAACCUCCUGUGUGUUAUCUCCGUUAUUCACAAAAACGGGCUGCGGAACAGAUCUUUUGCGGUACAGAUCCGUUUUGUGCUGACUGGGAGGAUGGUUCAUUUUCAAACAUACAGGAAUUAAAAAGACGAUUUCACCUUAUUCUACUUGAUGUUAUUACAAAGUACAGCGCUAUCGACAUGUUCGCUCUAACAGAUCUAAGGGGCGUUUUCCUUUACGUAGUUUCCAUAAUUGCUUUCACUUUUUCCUCAUCUUCUUUUUACUCUCAUCACGGUUCGACCCUGAUUAACUCCACCUUUAAGUGGCUAGUAGCUGAAAAUCUCGGCGACUGCAACCUGAAAUGCUUUGACGAAGAAGGCUGUAUGAGCAUCAAUUACGAUCGAGAGAACAAGAAAUGCGAGCUGAACAACGCAACCAAAGAAACCCAUUCCACUCGACUAGUGCGCCAUGCAAGGUCUAUCUACGCCACAAUCAAAUCACCGCCAGUGUUUCCUGAAUGCAAGAACUACAAGCUCUUGUCGGACGCUAGCCGACACAAAAGCUUUUAUGAAGAUCAGCAAUUUUGCGACUGGAACCUGGUACCCGGAUGGUACAGGUUCGGCGGCGAAGCAGGCACGAUGAUGAUGAAUGAAUGCUUGCAAACAUACGAUCGCUGUGGCGGUGGUUAUCUCGGCUGGAUGGACGGAACACUGCCUUUGUACGCUCACGGAAUUGUGGAGCGCAUUGCAUGCUUUUACCGCGCGGGCAAUUGUUGUGCUAUAAUGGUGAAUAUUCGCGUUAGAAAUUGUGGCUGUUUCUACGUGUACGAGCUAAAGAAACCUCCUGUGUGUUAUCUCCGUUAUUGUGGAGAAUAAAGGAGUACAGAUAACUGAAUGAAUCUCACUCGUACAUCACAGGCUUAGUCCGCAGGAAAUCCUCAAUAGCAACAAGGCACUUCUAGGGGCUGAGAAUGGACAUGAAAAAUAUUCAAAUCACCCAUCGGUAGAAUGAGAUUCCGUUACAUCUCGGAUUUUGUGAAGAGAGGAAUUAGCGUUGUUUUCGUGUAUCUUAUCUGGUUUCAGGCUUCUUUUUGUCGUCCUAUAAAAGCUAUAUAAACAGCA